AUGAACAAGAUGAAGAACUUUAAGAGGCGUUUCUCUUUAUCUGUUCCUCGCACUGAGACCAUUGAGGAGAAUGAGUUCACCGAGCAGAUCAACCAGCUCAACAUCCAGCACACUCAAGGCCUGACUCCAGACAGACUGGGUCCUCCAUCUCAUGAUGCCAGUCCGGUGAGCCCUGAACCAACCACACCAGGAGCUCAGUCUCCAUCCCACCUCCACUACCACAGCAAGGCCCAGCACAGACGUUUCUCCAUGGAGGAUGUCAGUAAGCGCAUGUCCCUGCCCAUGGACAUCCGCCUGCCUCCAGAGUUCCUCAAGAAGCUGCAGCUGGAGAGUGAAAACUCACCGCUCUGCAAACCUCUCAGUCGCAUGUCUCGACGUGCUUCACUGUCUGAUAUAGGCUUUGGGAAACUGGAGACGUAUGUGAAACUCGGCAAACUGGGUGAGGGGACGUACGCGACAGUGUUCAAAGGGCGAAGCAAGCUAACAGAGAACCUGGUGGCGUUGAAGGAGAUUCGACUGGAGCACGAGGAGGGAGCGCCAUGCACUGCUAUCAGAGAGGUAUCUCUACUGAAGAACCUGAAGCACGCCAACAUCGUCACGCUGCACGACAUCAUCCACACCGACCGCUGCCUCACACUGGUGUUUGAGUAUCUUGAUAGUGACCUUAAACAGUAUUUGGACAACUGCGGGAAUCUCAUGAGCAUGCACAACGUCAAGAUCUUCAUGUUCCAGCUGCUGCGUGGUCUGUCCUACUGCCACAAGAGGAAAAUCCUCCACAGAGACCUAAAGCCUCAGAACCUGCUCAUCAACGAUAAGGGCGAGCUUAAACUAGCUGACUUUGGUCUGGCCAGGGCCAAGUCCGUCCCCACUAAAACCUACUCCAAUGAGGUGGUAACUCUGUGGUACAGGCCCCCUGACGUACUGCUGGGCUCUACAGAAUACUCCACUCCCAUCGACAUGUGGGGCGUGGGCUGUAUCCUGUAUGAGAUGGCAACAGGUCGUCCCAUGUUUCCUGGUGCCACUGUGAAGGAGGAGCUACAUCUCAUUUACAGGCUCAUGGGCACUCCAACGGAAGAGACUUGGUCUGGUAUCAGCAGUAAUGAGGAGUUUGGGUCCUACCUCUUCCCUCAAUACAAACCUCAAGCUCUCAUCAACCAUGUGCCCAGGUUGGACACAGAGGGGAUUGAACUGCUGUCUGCUCUGCUGCUGUACGACACCAGGAGCAGAAUCUCAUCUGAAGGCGCUCUACGACACCCCUACUUCCUGAGUCUGGGGGAUAACAUACACAAUUUGGCAGACACUGCCUCAGUGUUUUCCCUCAGAGAGGUGCAGCUCCAGAAGGACCCGGGCCACCGCAGCUCCGUGUUCCAGCCUUUGGGUCGAGGGAAGAACCGGAGACAAAGCAUCUUCUAGAGGUCGCACAGGGGAGGAACAGAGACACACACACACACACACACACACACACUCACACACAUAGAAAAGAGGAGCUGCCUUUCCGGACCACAGCACAAAGGCUAACACAGCUCAGCACAUUCACAAGCAUGCUGCACCUACACACACACACACACUCAUGUGCACUCACUCAUACCCAUGGCAGCUGACCGUGGAGACACACAGGGUUUGUGGAAAUAAAGGUGUACUGCACUUUGUCUGAGCUGAGACACACUCUCCCUACGCACACGCACACACACACACACACACACACACACACACACACAUAUUUGCACACAUUUGCACAAUCAGCAAUGGCAAAGCUGCCAUUACUCAGUUGCACCAGAGACACCAGAGAUUUAAGUAUCCUGCUGACACACACAUACAUUUUAACCCAAGAACAAAAAAUUGGGCCACUCAAUAAAACUGCUUGACAUAGUACCACCAUGUAUCACUUCUAUUCAGAGCUCAGCCAGAGCUCUGGCCAUCUAAGGUAGCUACCACAUCUGGAACCAUCAGACAGGUGCAGGUGUGCAGAAGUAUUGCCUGACACAAACACCACAGAGACAAACAAAGAGGACGGUUGUGGUGUGAACGGAGGU